AUUAAUUACUAAUUGCUCAAUAAUUUUGUUGUGAUUAUGUGUACACAUAAAUGGCCAAAUAUUUCUAAUACAUUACCCGCAUCGCCUUAAUUCAUUAAUCGACAAAAAAAAAAACAAUUGCACAUUGUCUUUUCGGGAAACUCUUCGUUCUACGGCAGAAAUCGAAUGUGUAGACAAGAACAAGUUGCAGCGCAUUUGUGUGCUAGUGGUAGUGAGUAGUGUCGGUGUGUACGUGCGUAUCGGUGUGCACUGUGGUCUUGAUGUCUACGCUUUUUCCCAGACGAAGACGUAAGCAUACAGGCAGGUGAAUUAUUGGUGCAAUACGCUGCUUUGGCGCGGCUGGGUGUUGGCAACAAAGUCAAAGCUAAAGAGACAGCCACGACAAUAGCAACGAGAACACGAAACAAAUGUUGCGUUUUCUAAGUCGGCGCAAGGGCCGAAACACCAACAACUAUGCGGAGAGCAGUAGCAACGCAAGGGGCGGUGGUGGUGGAGGAGGAGGCGGUGGUGCGGGCGGCGUCAUUGCCAGUAGCAGUGCCUCACAGAUCAAGCCACAGCGGAUUGUUAACAAGAAUAAAAUCGACUGCCGUGUGAUACUAUUGGACAACACUGACCUUUCCAUCGAAUUAUCGAAAAAAGCACUGGGUAGCUUCCUCUACGAGCAAGUCUUUUACGCUUUGGAUAUCAUUGAAAAAGAUUACUUUGGUUUGCAAUUUAUGGACGCGAAUCAUGUCAAACACUGGCUGGACCCCACCAAGCCCAUUAAGAAGCAAGUGAAAAUUGGACCACCGUAUACAUUCCGUUUAAAGGUCAAAUUUUAUUCUUCCGAGCCUAAUACACUGCGCGAGGAACUGACGCGCUACCUAUUCUUCUUGCAACUGAAAACUGACUUGGUCGAGGGGCGUCUUGACUGUCCCGAUGACAAGUCUGCCGAACUUUGCGCGCUGGCUCUGCAGUCUGAGCUGGGCGACUAUGAUGAUCAAGCUCAUUCUGCUGCGACUGUCUCCGAGUUUCGAUUUGUUCCUGAACAAACGGAAGAGCUUGAAAUUGCCAUAUUGGAAGAGUACAAGCAAUGUCGUGGACUCACGCCGGCUCAAGCCGAAACAGCGUUCCUUAACAAGGCCAAAUGGCUGGACAUGUAUGGCGUAGACAUGCACACAGUACUGGGAAAAGAUGGCUGCGAAUACCACUUAGGUUUGACGCCCACUGGAAUUCUGGUGUUCGAGCGUGAUCAGAAAAUUGGUCUGUUCUUCUGGCCCAAGAUCAGCAAGUUGGAUUUUAAGAAGAAAAAGCUUACGUUGAUUGUAAUCGAAGACGAUGACGAAGGACGUGAACAAGAGCAUACUUUCGUGUUUCGCUUAUACAACGAGAAGGCCUGUAAGCAUUUGUGGAAGUGUGCCGUCGAGCAUCACACAUUCUUCCGUCUGCGCGCACCUGUUAAAGGCCCUUCCGCCCGUCAGAACUUCUUCCGUAUGGGCUCACGAUUCCGCUAUUCCGGCCGUACCGAGUUUCAAACAACACAACAGAGUCGGGCUCGGCGCACCGUACAAUUCGAACGUCGCCCGUCGCAGCGAUUUGCCAGUCGUCAGUCGCAUUUACUGCGGGAACGCCAGAAGGAGUCAGCGGCUGCAGCUGUGGCCACGGUUAAUGCACGUGCUGCCGCUGCUGCGGCUGCCCAGCAAGCGCCCAAUACUUCCAUCCAAACUCAGAGCAUUGCCAACGAGAACAACAAUGAAACGUUCGACUCACUCAUUUCCACGGAUAAUUUUAACACCGUGACACCAUCACCCUCUGUUCUAACUGUCAUUCAAAACUCGGCCAUAAUUGAACCAGACGCAGCAUGCAGUGCUUCCAUAAGCUCGUCUACACAUGCGGCAGCGACUUGCAGCACAUCCCUAGGCCGCAACUCGAUCAAGUCUAACUUUAGCAACGACGAUCCGGCAUAUAGCAAGAUUGGAUCCAUUGGCAAAGCGGCUGGUCUAACUGUUAAAUUGGAACCCGAGUACACACCACCGUACUCUCCGAAUUCAACGAAGAACUUCGAUGAGACCAAUCCAUUUAGAAAUGCGUCUGCUUCGCAUCAUGGCUCUUUUGGCAAAGCUUCCAUAAGUUCGGGACAAUACAGUGUUAAAAGCGGCCUAUCGGAUAAAGAUAGAGAGCUAGAUUCAUUACUUAAGUCCAUUGUUAAAGAUCCAUCCCCAUCAGUGCUUGCAAACGAAGCCGUUAACGAUGCUAACAGUAUCAGGGUGACCAUUAACAAGACUUUCGAUAUGGACCACAAUACUGAAACACUGAAACGCCUUUCCAAUGCAAAAGAAAAACCUAACAACCAGGUGAAGCUGGCUAAUGUUGGCUCUACGUCGCUGCCACCUGGUAACAUAAAAUGCAAUAUUUUAAAGGCACGCGUCGAAGAGGAAUUGGGCGCUAGUGGCAAUGCCAAGUUGACCAAUCAAAUGUUUGUACCGGCAGCUCAUACCACCAACAGCAAUCCAACGAGCAUGCACAACAACAAUAACAACAACACACACAGCGAUGGGCCCGAUUCGUUGAAUGCCACAUACAUUUCAGUGGGCGGCGAUAAACUAACCCUGAGCAUAACGGAACAAAAGCCGGCAACUACCACCAGCAGCAGCGGCAGCAACAACUCUAAUGGCAGCUCAAGCAUUUAUAAUCCAACAUCGUCCAGUGGCAGCAGUAACUCGCCAUUCAGCAAUGCCACAUUUGUUACCGGCUUCACAACGCCAUUGUCGUCAACGCCGCCGCCGCCCCUGAACAUGCUGAACAACACAAAUGCAAAUUCUGCAACCGCAGUAACAAAUGUAACAACAAUCAUUACACCGUGCAGCACAGCAGACAGCACCACGGUAACUGCCAACAGUAAUGCAACAGAAUCGGCCGCAAGCAGCGGAGGGGUAGCGUGCGCUGCGACUCCACUGCUGUCUAAUGCCUCGGCCGCCGAAAUACUCAUCAAUGAAAUAUUUAUUAACAAUAUCAUAAACAAUAAUGCGACGGCCAACAAGGUCAUUGGCGGCAGCAACAACAUCAGCUCUGCGGAGGCAACAAAAUCCAGCGCGCCGCAUACGCCAAGUGCUGGCACUUUGCUGUUCUCUACGCUAAACGAGCAGGAGCGACUGGAGGCUCAGAAGGCUAAUCACAGCGAAACGGAUGGUGGCAGCUUUGUGGCGCAGAGCGAAAAGAAAAAUAAUACUAAUCAUGACAAUAAUCGCAAGCCGUCCAACAGCAAUGAUAUGGUGUCGCCCUGGCUGGUCUCAUCGGAAGUGGUUUCUGCGCCCAAGGGACGCGAGCCGACUAUCAUUCGCAAAUCCGUUAUUACAACACAGUUGUAAUUAUUGUUUAACCCUAUUUUAUUUUAAUGUUUAAGCAUAAAUGUUCGUAUUUAUAAAUCGUAGCUACAGGAGCGAUCUAGACAAUUGCAGACACAUGUAUUUGUAUUUUAUAAAUUAACUUUAGAUAACUUGCAAGCAUUCCGAGCAGCAAAGUCGACAAUGAAAGAGCAGGUCCAAUCAAAACAUAAACUGUCUAUCAAUGUGCCUUAAAAGAUACAUAUAGUAUACCAACCUAUUAAUGCUUAAAUACAAAAACCAAUUGUGCUAAAGCCGUGUACUUAAUAGAGAAAGAGAAUGAACAACAAAGUUAACAAUACAUAUACUACUAUAUCCAUUUUAUAAAUAUAUACACAUAAGUGCAUAGACUAGACUUGCAUUAUUAACAAACAAACCAACACGUGAUGAUUUUCUGCCUAAUAUACAACGCUAUAUUAGAGCUAAGAAAUAUAAAAAAGACAAAAUUCAGUAUUUCAAUUAACGGACAAAAGAACAACGAAGUCUAUAAAACGAAUGCAUAUUAAACAAAAAUUAUGAUAUUUGCAAAAAUAUAAAAUACCUACAAUUGACUGAAAGUUUAUGCAAAUCAUGUUGAUUGUAUAGCUAAAUGAAUUUCUAUACAU